AUGUCUACUACAAUCCACCCAUCAAAUACAAAUGGUGUUUCAUCAUCAAUUUCGGAGACAACAAGAGUUACAACUCAAUUUCAAGUAGUUGAGUAUAUACCAAGCACAACAAAUGGUACGAUUGAGAUGGUAUUAGGCUCACAUGCCUGGGUAAUAGAUGUUCCAAAUAAAAAAUCGACUGAUAGUUUGUCAAUUUCAAAAGAUCCUGAAAAUUUAUAUCAAACUCAAAUAUUACCAGUUUAUCUUUAUACCGAUAAUGGAACUGAAACAUUCUCAUUCGGGACUUUAGAAAUCUAUAUAGCCUCUGAAUCAAAAAAUGGUGACAAUUCUGUUAAAAUUUCUUCAAUUUUGGUUUGUUUAAUUUUGGUCUUUAAUACAUUUUUUGGAUGA